CUCCUAGCUGCCAAAGCUCCUUGAAUAAUCUGAUCGAUGGGGGGCUCGACCAAGACGCUUGCACGGAAGGCUCAAGACGAACCGCAGAGUAGCAGCAAGCGCAAGCGGCUGCUAACGGACGAAGAAGUGCUAACGGUCGAAGAAAUGGCAUGCUGGUUCAUUUUACCAUCGCCGUUUGCCUCCGUCCUGGACGAUGCGCUUCGCUUCCUCGAGCUUCUCCCGCCGGGCGCUCCUGCGGCUGCUGCGAUUGCUGAGAUUCAAAAGCUCCGCGCACUUGAGCCGCAUGACUUCCAGGUUUCGUCGACUGUGGCUGUACGACCAGCGAUCCAGUGCGCCCACGAAGCACUCGAUCAUGCGGUGACUUGGAUUUCGUCGCUUCCAGUCGAGAACCUCGGCGCCCUCCGUGCGAUCGUGGAGCUGCGUCGCGAGAUCCCGGAGCACGACCAUGGGUGGUGCCUCGUGUAGCUGGCACGCAACGCCGUAACUAUAACAGAAUAUGUAUCGUCC